AUGAUGACUGCAUAUGGUGAGCAAGCCCCAGACCCUGGUAGUCAAGGGAUCGGGUCAUGGGUUGGGGAGAAAUAUGGUGACAAGGACAACUGCUAUCUCAGAAGCCCAGCUUCAGCUCUCAACCAUCAUCCUUGGGCUCCGCCCUGCUCCCAGCAGCAGCAGCAGACGGACAACAGCACCAAACUCUUUGGGCUUAAAAGCAUCAGCAAUCAGAUGACCAAGGAGAGAAAACAAAUAAAUGUGUCACUUUAUUAUGCUCCAGACAUUGUGUUAAAUGGUUUACAUGGAAUAUCUAAUAGAAUAUGUAAAACAAAAAUGUGA